CGCAUGGACCUGGACCGCAGGCGAGAGGAAGCGCGAAACCCCAAGCGCAAACCGCGCCUGAUGGAGGAGGAUGAGCUGCCAUCUUGGAUCAUCAAGGAUGAUGCUGAGGUGGAAAGGUUGACUUGUGAGGAAGAGGAGGAAAAGAUGUUUGGACGAGGCUCACGGCACCGGAAGGAGGUGGAUUACAGCGACUCGCUGACGGAAAAGCAGUGGCUCAAGGCGAUCGAGGAAGGGACGCUGGAGGAGAUUGAGGAGGAGGUACGUCAAAAGAAAUCCUCCCGUAAGCGCAAACGGGACACGGAUGUCAGCUCGGUCACUCCCACCACCAGCACCCGCAGCCGGGACAAGGAUGAUGAGAGUAAGAAACAGAAGAAGCGUGGCAGGCCACCGGCAGAGAAACUCUCCCCAAAUCCUCCUAACCUCACCAAAAAAAUGAAGAAGAUCGUGGAUGCUGUCAUCAAGUACAAGGACAG